AUGGUUGAUAUUGACAGUGACGGCAACAUAGUCCUUCUGCAAAAUACCGAUGAAGAAAUAAUCAUACUGACAAACAUAAUUACCAGUGAAAACAGUAAUGGCACUGCCAACCCUUAUACUGAGAUUAACAUACCUUUCCAUACACACGCAUGCUCAUAUACAUCGUUGUAUAACCCAAAUGACGUCGUGUUUUUUCUUGCAAGAAAACGACAAGAAACACUCACCUGCGGCGCCUUAGGGUUCAAGGCAGAGCUUAAUUUGAGAACAUAUCAAGAUCACGACAAAGACAUCUUUUAUUUCUUUGCGCGAACGCUGAUUAGAUGCAUAAAGAGACAGGCGGAAAUCUUCGGCGACGCCUCCGUAGCGCAAAAGGUCCUGACCAAAGAUGCCAACGUGACUUCUCUCGGUCAACUGGGCUGGGGAGUAGCCGUGACCCUGGGGGUGCUCGUGUCAGGCGGGGUCAGCGGGGGUCACAUCAACCCCGCCGUGACCGUUGCCAUGGCUGUGUGGGGCAAGCAUCCCUGGGUCAAAGUGCCUGUGUAUGUUAUUGCCCAGUACCUCGGGGCGUUCAUGGCGUCGUCGAUGGUCUACGCAGUUUACUUGAACGCCCUGGACGCCUUCGAGCCGGAGCGCAGCCUGGCGACGGCGGGCAUCUUCGCCACGUACCCCGGGGCAAUGACGGCCUCCAACGGGACCCUCGUGACGGACUUCCUGUCGAAUGGCAACGGGAUGGGAGACCAGGUGGUGGGCACGAUGCUGCUGCUGAUCUGCGUCUGCGCCAUCACGGACCCCCGCAACAUGGAGGUUCCUAAGGCCCUGAUUCCGCUCUUCGUGGGCUUCACCGUCCUCAACAUCGGCGUGUGCUUCGGCUUCAACUGCGGCUACGCUAUCAACCCCGCCAGGGAUCUCGCCCCCCGCUUCUUCACGCUCAUUGCGGGAUGGGGCGAGCAGACCUUCACGGCUGGCACCUUCGACGGCAUCGCCUGGUGGUGGGUGCCCCUCGUCGGCCCCCACAUCGGCGCUGUGAUGGGCGUGGGCAUAUACCUUCUCCUGAUCGAGCUGCACCACCCAGAGGCCCAGGAGUUCUCCCUCCCGCACGUCCACCCGUCCCAGGACACUGUGGCUAGUCUGGGCACAGAAGGGAAAUACUCCAGCAAGAAUAAGAUCAUGGUUGCUGAGUGGAAUGCCCACGUCACGAAACUCAACUGAGAAUCCACAGCCUCGUCCAAAUUCUGAGGAUUCGACCACGCCCACCUACUAGCGCCGGUGCCACGUCCCUCCCCCGCUGUGGCCCCGCCCCUUCCCUUCCUACCGCGCACCUGCAGCACCUGUUCUCACACCUGCCUGGAUGAUAAUGAACCGUGUCACGUGACCUUGUGCUGUGCCACGUGGGGCAUGGGAAAAGUUAUUGUUUAUUAUAUUAUUGUCAUUUUUAUUGUCAUUAUCGUUGCUAG